AGCUCUUCAUAGUUCUUCAUAGCUAGUGCAGUGCAGUGUCAAUUACCCUUCAUUUUGCAUCAUCAAACCUUAGAGACAUAAAGUGAUGAUGUCUUCUGAGCUCAAUGCAAUUCUCCCUCGGGUCCUAGUUGUUUCUAGACGCACCGUUCGCAAGAACAAGUUUGUUGAUUUCGUUGGUGAGUAUCACCUUGAUCUUAUAGUAGGCUAUGGUGCAGUACCAGUGAUUGUUCCACGUGUUUCUGGGGUCCACACCUUGUUGGAUAGCUUUGAGCCAAUCCAUGGUGUUCUUCUCUGUGAAGGAGAAGACAUUGAUCCUUCAUGGUAUGAACAAGACACCACUGAUCUCUCCCAACAAGAGUUGGAAGAAAUAAGGAGGAUCCAUGCAAGUGACACAGCCAUUGAUAAAGAGAAAGAUUCAAUUGAGCUUAGUCUUGCAAAGCUUUGCUUAGAGAGGAACAUACCCUACAUGGGAAUAUGCAGAGGCUCACAAGUUCUUAAUGUUGCUUGUGGGGGUACCCUUUAUCAGGACAUAGGUAGUGAGCUUUCAAAGAAUGUUCCUUUGGAACAAAGAGUGGUUCAUAUGAACUAUGAUGACUAUGAUGGACAUAGGCAUGUGGUGAAGGUUGUUGAAGACACACCUUUGCAUCACUGGUUUAAGGAUUCUUUGGAAGAAAGGGGAAUGAAUAUUUUGGUAAAUAGUUAUCACCAUCAAGGGGUUAAGAGAUUGGCACAACGUUUUGUUCCAAUGGCAUUUGCUUCUGAUGGUUUGAUUGAAGGGUUCUAUGAUCCUAAUGCUUAUUGUCCAGAAGAGGGUAAGUUUAUUAUGGGAUUGCAAUUUCACCCUGAAAGAAUGAGGAAGCCUAAUUCAGAUGAAUUUGAUUAUUCUGGAUGCCCUUUUGCCUAUAAGGAAUUUGUGAAGGCAGUAAUUGCUUAUCAGAAGAAGCUAAAUAAUUCAACAGGUGUUGAAAAUUCUUUAAAGCUUAAUGAGGAAAUGGAAAACAAAAGAAAAAUCAUAGUACGUAGUUUCUCACUUGCCAAAGACUUGUAUACCACUGGCCUUGAGUUAAACUCUGACACAGAGUCUGAACUUGAAGUAGGGGCAGAAUUUCUUGAGUCAAACACAGCAAUUAGUGUGCAACAAGAGCAUAGGUUAAAGCAAAUGGGUGCAACAUUCAGGAAUGGAAGGCCAUGCAUAGAGAGACUAAAGCUAAGUGAGGAUAGAGAAAACAAAGCAAGAAAUUUGAUGGCUAAAAUGUCAGAGGAGCAGUUAUCUGAGUUAUUAUCUUUCUACCACACAAUGGGGCAGAUUUGUUCAGAAGUGUUGGAUUCAAAAAUAUAUAGCCUUGUCCAAUGAUUUUAGUUCAUGAUUUUGUUUAUUCCCUGUGUUUUGUAACCAUGUGAUUGUUGUAAGCUAGUUUGGUGUGCUAAUUAUAA